AGACCAGCCUCGACGCCGACGCCGCCCCCGCAGCCCCCGCCGCCCCCGCCGCCGACGCGGCCGACUCUGCACACCAGCUGGCCCCGCCCGCAGGCGCACCCCUGCGCGCCAAGUCCGUCGAGUUCCUGCUCGACAAGGAAAACCACGCCGCCGCACAGCCCCCUGAGAAUGAGCUGCAGAAGAUUGGGUGCAACAGGACGAUGUCUGAACACCAGAUGCGCGUGCAGCGCUCGCUGCAGAAGCUGCACGUGCCCGACUGGUACAAGAAGUCGACGGUGGCCAGCCGGCCCGAGGGCUUCUUGCUCAAGCGCGGCAGCACCAACUCGGCGCUGCACCACUGGCCAGGCCUCGGCUCCAAGACCACGUCGCUCUCCAGCCUCGGCUCGACCAGCCUAACCGCCUCGCGCUCGCCGACUAGGAAGCACUGCUGGAACCGACCGGCUAACUCCCCUCAUCAAAGCAUCCAGACACAUCGUCAAAGACAGACUCCGGCUUUCGAAGAGCUUAAACAACCCAGCGACAGUCAGCAGUUCAGAGGCAACCUGCUGAGCCCGAGCCCGGGCCCGCACGUGUACAUGCGCUGGAGCACGAGCCGGCUCAACAGCGGCGGCACGUCUGCGAGCACGUCGCCGUGCGGGUCGCUGCGCUCGUCGUUCAACUACCGCCAGCCGUACCUGGGCUGGCGCUCGCAGGAGCGGCUGACGCAGCCGCGCACGCCCGCGGAGCGCCUCGCCGCCGGCCUGCUGCCAAAGCUCAACCCGCCUCGGCCGCCGCACCCGGACGCCGACGUGGACGCUGACGCCGAAGCCGACAAAGCCGCCGGCGAUGAAAAGGUCUCAAAUUUGUCCGAAGUCCAGACAUCUAUAAAAGAAGUGACAUCAGCCAUUGUCCACUAUGUUUCUGGAGUCAAGGAUGGACAAAAUGAAAACAUGCCAAGCAGCAACAGGCACAGCCCACGAGGCAGUGGACGACUCUGCUGGUUAGAGAGCUCAUUUGUGGGGAGCAGACCAUUAGAUUCACCGGAAACUCCGCUCCUGCUUACAAGCACAAAAACAUUUGGCAGUGACAGUGAUCCUACUGCUAGCAAUAUUGGCAUGGUACCCAUGGACAAGACUGGCACUGCAGCAAAUGAACUGUAUCUGGAGCUUAGUAAUACAGCCACUGAAACCUUCAACACACGUCAGUUGAAUGGAGCACCUUGCAAAAGGCCAAGUCCAAGUUCAACCACACUGGAAGAUGUACUGGACUCGUUACUGGGCUUACCUCCAGCUUCUCGGUCUCCCAGUCCAGGACCUGUUCAUGCAACUGACUUCGCAGGAUUAAAACUUGGCAGAAUGAGGCCAUCCAUGCUGGAGCAGUGUCAUCUGGAGGAAAUGGAUCACCAAUGCAGUAAAUGCAGUAACAGUGAAAGACAUUUACAGUGUAAGUGUGGAAACAAUAUUAAUCAGUCAUUUGCAAACAAUUGACUAUGUUCUAAAAUAAUCAGUAUGUAGAAAAAAGUGGUUGGCUGUAUGUUCAAAUGCGCUAGAAGUGUGAUAUAUUAUAUAAAAAUGCAUCCUUUUAAUUGAUCUUGACUUCACCAGUGAAACUGAAUUUAUUAUGUGUCAUAUGUCUGAAUAUAAACAGUUGUUUACCCAAAGCUUAAAUUUUUAUGCCAGUUGUUGCUUGUAUACACUGUACAGCCAGGCACUCAUAUAAUUAUUGUGAAUGUAUGGUUAAGGUAUCAGUUAGGCAGAGAAAUGCAAUGCAUGACCUAAAUUUAUGUGUAAAAUAUGUCCCUGAAGUGGAUGAAGCCCAUCAUAGUGUUCCUGCAGAAUAAAAUAUGCUGCAAUAGCAGAAGCCUUUAUUUAGACUGUUUUGUGAGCUGUAUACUGUCUGAUGUUACCUGAAAAUAAUAAACAAAUGUUAUUCUUGACACCAAUUUACUGUGAUAUAAGCUUACCUAAUGUAAUACUUCAAUGUAGCUUAAUUUAUUGUGUAUUACCUAUAAAAUGUAGAUGUUCUCCUGAAUUAAUUUAUAAUUAACAAAUGAUUGAUGACAAGCAGAAAAAUCCAUUGUAUUAUAUUAAUCAAAAUUUUGUGAGCUGGAUUAGUGAGGAAUCUGUGGUUAACCAUUAUCAUCAGUACAAGUUGUAUAAAGCUAACCUGAAUAGCAUUAAUAUAUUAUUUUAGUCAUACCUUCUUGGGCUGGCAGGCACAUCUACCAGGAUGUUCCUUGCUCUAAGACAGAUCUUUGCUGGGCCACAAUGGUAAACCUACAGUGCCUUUGUCAGCUAUAUUAUGUGUUAUUUUCAUCUAUUCUAUUCCUGGAAAACUGAGAAAUAAAUCUCUUUACACCAUGACCCAACUAUCUAACAUGUGUUACUCGUAUAUGUUAGUGAUAUAAUUGUCAUUUCCAUAAGUGUCCAGUUAAGCAACAAAGUUUAUAAUCAGGGUGAUAGAAGCAAUCCUAGUGAUGCAAAGCUUAUUGGACUGUAGCUACAAAUGCUGAGAAACUAUGUGAGAUACUAUAUAUGUAAGUUAUGAUGGAGCAAAGAAUAAUUAUGGUACUAUAAAAUCUUAUUCUCAACUAUUAAAUUUCUGCCUUUCUUACUGAAA